GAUUCAUAACUCACUACUCACUAGCUAUCUUCUUCUUCUUGUCGAUCUCAAAAUCCAAAAAUUUUAACAAUCCGAAUCAGAUAAAUCCAACAUCAUCAUGGGUUUAAUUCCUCAGCCACAAGAAUCUAGCUUCUACACCCAUAAACUCUUCCUCUUCUCAAACUACGUCCUCCUUGGUGCAUCCUCAAGCUGCAUCUUCCUCACUCUCUCUCUCCGUUUAAUCCCUUCACUCUGCGGUUUCUUCCUCAUCCUCCUCCACGCCACCACAAUCGCAGCCGCCGUCUCUGGCUGUGCAGCCGUAUCUUAUGGCAAGAACCGGUGGUACGCAGCUCACAUGAUCACUACUGUCCUUACAGCCAUUUUCCAAGGCUCAGUCUCUGUUCUUUUCUUCACCAACACUUCCAACUUCCUCGAGAGCCUUAACUCUUAUGUCCGUGAGAAAGAAGCGUCUAUGAUCUUGAAACUAGCUGGCGGGCUCUGUGUUGUGAUCUUUUGCCUUGAGUGGAUCGUUCUUGUUCUCGCCUUCUUCUUGAAGUACUAUGCUUAUGUCGAAGGUGAUGGUAAUGGAGUUGCUAUGAAGAGGACUGGUAAGGUUCAGAGUGACUUCCAAGUUUGAAGAAAGAAUGACUUCUUGUAGUGAUUUUGUUUGAGAGAAGAGAGUUUGUCUUGUAUCAAAUGUUAGUUUGAUCUGUUUUUCAAGGUUUAUAUGUAUUGAAGAAUUAAAUUGGUUGAUUACUUUGUUGAUGAUUCUACAUAUAUACCGUCUUGCAUAAGAAAACUUUAGCUAA